AUGGACGCAGCACAGUUUGCGCAGAUGGUGCGCGACCAGAGUGCGACGAUCAGCAUGCAGGCGCGCUCCAUCGACCGGCUCACCGACAACAUUGUCGAGCUGCUCAAGACCAACGCCGAGCAGGCACGCACCAUCACGCAGCAGGCGCGUCUGAUUGAGGAGCAGGAGAUCGAGCAGACGUAUGACUGCGACGACAGCUCUGAGAAUCGCGCGGACGCAAAGGAGAAGGAGCGUGAGGAGGGAGAGGAACGUGCGCUCCAGGAAGCGUACAUGAAGCGCAAGGCCGAGGAAGACGCCAAGGGCGAGGAAGAGGUGAAGAAGGCGAGGAUUGAGGAGCAGGCAGAGUUCAUCAAUGACUCGGAGGCCAUUGAGGUGGUCUGA